UUUAGAAUUAAAAAAUUCAUGAAAAGAGUAAAAUGUACACUUAAAUGGGCAUUGCAGCAUCACAGCCACAACAACAAGUAAUAACACAUACUAAUAUAUGCACAAGAACUGUUCAAGUCAUGCCUAGCUCAUCAGGUGUAAACAAAAAAGAAGGAGAACUCCUGAAAUACAAGAAUGUACUUUCAGGUUGGGGAAAGCGUUAUUUCAAACUGGAAAGAACAUACUUGCACUACUUCGAAACAAAACAUACUCACAAACCAUUAGCUACUGUAACACGAGGUGAAAUCAGUGAAGUGAAACCAAGUAAAGCAUUUCCAGGAAAAGUUAACGUGUUUGAAAUUCUUCUUAAAAGUGGAAUAGUGUGGUACUGUCAAGCAAGCAGUCCUGAGGAUAUGGUCAGUUGGCUGCAAUCUCUGUCUCCAAUACCAAUCAUGUUAGAUAGUACACAGUAUCCAACAAUUCCACUGGAUGAGGCAUUCGUAGAAAUUCACGCUCCACCACCUCAAGAGCAAAUGCAACCAUCUCCAUUUCCGCCAGUGUCGCCACUCCCACCCUCACCGUAUCGCGAUUUGAUGCAUCAAGCUCAUCACACAGCACAAACGUGCAACACACCACAUGUAUGUCAACACUACAGCCCACCUCCUCCAUACUCUGCUGAGGAGAGCCUUCCUCCUGUUCCUCCACCACCCGAUUACAGUAUGAAGCCAUUCAAUUGAGCUGUUAUCAAGAAUGUCCUUCUUAAGAAUUAAUUAAUGUGGUUCGUGCUGGUAAAAUAUCUGUAGGGUUAGUUGAAAUUUCGAAAGAUACAGUCGUCCGACAUCAGUACAGUCACACUAAGCAGUGACUAGAGAAGAGUUGAAUUAAUAUCUUUUCAUUUGACCACUCAAGCAAUUCAUAGAUAGUAACAGAACUUGAUUUUUGCAAUAUUUUUUAAUGUUGAUAUGCAUUGUAUAUUUAUAUGUUAAUAUUUUAUAUUCUACAUUUGCUCUAUUUUUUGAGAAUAUAUACGUUCUUUGUGUUUUGUAUUGUACAAAACUUUCAAUCAGCUACAAAAAGCGGUGUCUGACAUCUGACGAAAUACCCCAACCUCGUUCCCAGCGCAUGUUACGUUCUGUCGUUCUGUCAUAAUCAGCUUCUUUUUUAAGAAUAUCAGGCAGGGAUAUCAGGUCAAAAACAAAACGUCUAUUGUUUAGAACAAUGGAGAAAUAAGAAUGACAAGCCUGGUUAGGAUUUUGGUGUUCUUAUAUAAAAAAGCGUGUAUGCUAAAUAUAUUGAAACUGCUUGAACUCACCCGCAGUCGCCGAAUGUCGAUGGAAAGUAGAAGCUCUUCUAAUUUCGAAUUACUGUAUUUAGCUCAAAAUUUAUUUAUCUUUUGUAUUAUAAAUUGUUUUUAUCAAAUACAACAAUCUAUAAUUUUGUAUGUUCUUUGCAUGUUUGGUAAGACUUUAAGGACCAUGGACUACGUAUAAAACACAAACCAAUUACGCGGCGCAAUUGAAGUAGGCGACGCUCAGUUCUUACUUGGCGAAAGUGGAAUGUGUUUAAAUCGGCUAAUGUAAAAUAGAUACCGUCACGAAGUCAAUAUUUUCAUCGUCGGAGCUUCUUACAAUUAGUGUCAUUCAUCGUGUUUCGCGGAAAAAAAUAGAAAUUUGCUUGAAACCUUUUAGUUUUCCGUGUUGGUCAAUCGCACUAAAACACACGAAUUAAAUAUUUCCGUUAUUUCCAAGUCGAUUUAGUAUGCUCAUAAUUUCGUAUUACCAUUUUGAAUUGAUUAGUUUUUUUCAUUUAAAAAGAAAUAUAAAAGAUAUGAAUAGUCAUGAAUUUUUAAAAGUUUAAAUAAAACUUUCUAAACAGCUGUAAGUUGUUUUUGUGAGAAAAAGAGAAAAGUGCACGAAAAGUUAAAAUAGUGUUCUUACAGAAGGCCAUGCUACCGCGCGUUUUAACAUUUCUAUUCUUGUUUACUUCUGCCCAAACUUGGUAUCCAUGGCGACAAUCAUGGGGGACAUUUUAUUGGAACGAUGAAGGAGAUGUUAGCGGUUUAAACGACAUUCCUGCUACGUAUCAAGGCUUAGAUGUAUACAAAGAAGAAUACGACGACACGAAAAAAAUGGGCAACGAAUUCAUGGACCAACAUUUUUAUUUGUGUUAUCAUAAAGACGGAACGAAAACAUAUUAUAAAAAAGUUGAUCCAAUGUUUUUUCAGAAUAAGCGUUAUUGGGUAGUAUCUGCUACAAGUGGCUUCGUUGCCUCCAUGGAAUUUUGUUGAUCGUUUAUAUGUUGGCUUAAAGUCCUUUAAGAUUUUUUCAACAGAGGCAUAAGAGUUCUUUAAGUAAAGAAAACUUGGUUGCUGCAAAAGAAAGACAGGUUACAGAAAGCGCUGCAGAUAAUUUUUUUUACAAUUUUUUUAAAACCUUCAAGAAAAAUCAUUUUUUUUAAGAAUCUUUUUAGCAAUAUAAAUAACAAAUCUAACAUUUACAUUUCAUGAUUUUGUUGUAGAUAAUAAAAUAACAAAUAAAUAUAAAAGAGAGAA